AUGCAGUUCGUGCACCAGGUUCGGCCACUGCUUGCAGCGCUAGUGCUGGCAACUAUGGCAACAGCUCAAAGCUACGGCUCCGUUGAAGCCCUUCCAUCUUUGACGUCAGACUUGAUAUCUUCCUCGGCGACACCAACCUCAACUUCAGUUGGCAUUGCGACUCAUACUGUGCUAGUUGGACCUAAAACCAACCCGCACCAAUAUGUACCCAGUAGUAUCACGGCCAACGUCGGUGACACCAUUGUCUUCGAAUUUUAUCCCACGAACCACUCGGUUGUGAGAGCAGACUAUCUUGCGCCAUGUGUGUACUCUGAUAAGAACCUCUUCUACUCGCCAAACAUGCUCCCGGAUGGGCUGCUAGACGGAGAUCCACCGACUUAUUCCUUACGAGUGAAUGACACAAAGCCAACCUUUUUCUAUUGUACCGCAAUCGACUCUUGUUUGAAGAAUGGCAUGGUUGGGGUUAUCAAUCCCAGCGCGAAUCAGACCUUCACCUCGCAAUACAACGCAGCCCUCAAAGCUACACUCAUGUUAACCCCCGGUGAACCAUAUCCUGCAGAAGGCAGCGGGUCAACAACAACCAAUACAAAUCCAAGCGCCACAGAAAGCGCAACACACAGUAGCUCAUCCUCCAAACACGGUCUAUCAGCCGGAGCAAUCGCCGGCAUCGUCGUCGCAGGAGUCGCCUUCCUGAUUAUCCUCGUGGCACUAUUCUUCGUCCUCGGUCGCAACCGCGUCUACUCACAAUGGAUGUCAUCUCAAGACGGGCGCACCGAGCGAACGGCCCGAUGGGCAUUAUUCCACUCGGAUGUUCAGAGCAACAGUAACCGGAAAAGCGAGAUGUCCAGCAGUACCUCGAAGCCCGGUCACAUUGAUAUCAGUGCUGUUUCCAGCCCGGAUCCGAAUGUUCGUACUUUCUCGCCGGGCACGGAGCAUAUGUCUUCGCAUGGAUCUCCGUCGACGCAACAGGGUCACUGGAGUUGGAAUGAGCCGCCGCCUGUGCCUCACACGCAUGUUGUGCCGACGGAGCUGGAGGGUCAUUCUAUGAUCUAUGAGGCUCCGGAUAAUAGUCGGGUUCCGCGUGACAAUCGAUUUUGA